UGCUGUCGCUGCGCCUUGUGUCGUCCGUGCAUCGUUAUGCUUGCACUAUAUUGCAAGCUAUGUGAACAUGGCCGUUGUGACAUCUGGUAUGAGUCUCGCCUGGCCUUCACCGGUGCUUGUGAAAUUGAGAAAUGACACAGUGACGCCAUUGCCACGGCCCAUCACGGAAGAAGAGGGUUCGUGGAUUGUUGCUGGUGGUUUCUUAUGCGCCAUGUUUACAAAUGUCUUCGGAGGAAUGCUGCUAGAUCUGAUUGGUAGAAAAUAUUGCCUUUUGCUGGCAUCGCUGCCCAAGCUCUGUAUGGCACUUCUUCUGAUAUUUGCUGACAAAGUGUGGAUAUUCAUAUUCAGCAGAGCAGUAAUGGCCGUCGUAGAUUCAUUUGUAUUUAUUACUGUCCCAGUAUACGCAUCCGAGAUUGCAUCUAAAGACCACCGAGGUGCUUUAGGAACGUUUCUUCAGGUAUUCUCGUCACUAGGGAUCGUGAUAACAUUGUCGGUAGGACCUUUCCUGUCCUACGCUAACUUCAGCAUAGUGAUGGCGUCGGUGAUAGCGGUCACGACGGUGCCUUUAUUCUUCUUGCCGGAUACACCUUUCCAUCUAUAUUCAAAAGGUCACACAGAAGAAGCAAUUAAAGUUCUAAAUCAAUUAAGAGGAUCAGAAUUACUUGCUAAGCAAGAAAUAGAAGAAUAUGAGAUAUCUAAGAAAAAUGAAGAAAAAGUUGAUAAAAUUGCGUUAUUAAAAAAUCGCAUGUUCUUGAAAUCAGUUUCUCUUGGUUUUUUGGUUGCUGGUGGAGCGCAACUGGUAGGAUUUAACGCUGUGUCAUUUUAUCUGCAAACAAUUUUAGAAUCUACGAAAACAAGCGUAAAAUCUGAAAUUGCGUCCGUUAUUAUCGGCGUAAUUCAAGUUUUGGCAAGUUUCUGCACUACUCUCAUCAUGAAUAAAUUUGGUAGGAGGAGUAUUUUAAUGACGUCUCUCUCUGGAAUGUUCGUUGGAAUGUUAGGACUUGGGACUUUUUUCAAAAUAAGUGGAGCAGAGGGCUAUGAAAUAAUCGGCUUUAUGAACUAUUUGCCGAUUAUAUCUUUAAUAUUUGUCAUAUUCUGCUACAGCGCUGGAAUCGGUUCACUGUUGUGGCUGGUAAUAGCAGAACUGUUCGAAGGUCCAAGUCGGGCCUUGGGUGUUUCCAUCAGCCUAACCUCGUCAACAUUUUUCAUAUUUAUAACAACCAAGUAUUUUGCGGCAAUGACAUUAGCCGUUGGUCCGGCACCAACUUACUGGUUCUUUAGUGCUAUGUGUGUGUUAGUAGGAAUCCUAAUAGCUCUGUUCUUACCUGAAACUAAAGGUAAGACGUUUAGUGAAAUUCAAGAUGCUAUAGGUGGAAAACCCGUGUUCCGUAGUAGAUCUGAUCAGGGUAGUACUGUUAAGGAAUGAGUUAUGAAUAAAGUAAGCUUUUCAGAUUUCUUCAGAAUAGUGUUUUUUUAUUAUUAUUUUUAAAACUAAAGUGACUAAAAAGUAAUAAAAGAAAUCUUCGCAAUAAUUAAAUACAAAGUCCGGUAGUAAACGGAUAUUCAAGAAAGGAUGCGUACCAUUUUCACUUGCUGGUAGGGCUUUGCGCAGGUCUGGUUAGGUACCAUCCACUCAUCACAUAUUCUACCAAUAGCAAUACAUAGUAUUGUUGUAUUCCGAUUGAAAGGGUUAGUGAGCCAGUAUAAAGGCUCAAAUAACAUAACAGUUCCGAAGGCUAGAAGAACUACACGCACACAUAUUCAGCGAGGUCCCACAAUCGGCGACGGGACGCAGUGGUACGAAUAGUGUCAGCUUCGAUGAAAUACAAUGAUAAGUUUUUAUUAAUUUAACAGUUUUAUUGGCAGGUCUUAAACUUCACUCGUGACUAGAUAAUUAUUGUAAAGACCGCUUUUUGGAAUUCGUUUCG